AUGCAGCCUACAUUAGCUCCAGCGCCGCAUCCAAGCAUGACUGCUCAGGUAAGCAGCUUCUUGUCGCGGUUUGUCAUCAGAUCGUCUUCCCCAAUUUCCCCAGAUCCCAAAUCCUCUCAGCUGCUGUGUCAUCCGGUGGGACUUGAUAUCCUUCAUCGUUGUCGCCGUGAUUUCCUCGGUCGCGGUCUCUAUGACGCGAUGGCGAUCAAUCCGUCGUGGAUUUUCGAGUCUUCUGCCGGUCGCAUCGACAGCUCGCUUUCAACCACUUCUGACCAUGCGGAUCAGGUGCUCCAUGAUCAGCUUCUAGCUGCUCAUCAGCAUCUGUCGCAUUCUCAGCAAGCUCGACCCCAACCCGCUGCACCGCAACCUCCGCACAUGCAGCCCAACACACCGGCUCGCGAUCAGAAUAACAUCGAUCCUGCCAUUUCAGGCGCUACCAUGCUGACUGGCCCACCGCAAACUCCCAGCCAGCCUGAUAUAAGCCAAGAGUCUCCAAAAACCUACGGCAAACGGCCGUUAUCCACCUCAAAACGCGCCGCACAGAACCGUGCCGCGCAGCGGGCAUUCCGGCAGCGAAAGGAAGCCCAUAUCCGGGAGUUGGAGGGAAAGGUGAAGGCGUACGAGAACAUGGGAGAAGCGAUCAAAGCUCUGCAGGCGGAAAACUACCAACUCCGGGAGUACAUUAUCAACCUGCAGUCUCGCUUAUUGGAUUCUCAAGGCGAGGUUCCGGAGCUGCCUGGUAACAUCGACCUGAGUCAACCGCGGAGUGAAAUUCCUGUGCCUCCUAUUCCAAACUCGGGGACGACCACCUCCAGUGGUGCCCCUCCUCCGACUGCACCCCAGCAACCCCAGCCUGCUCACGCUCAAGCCCCCACAUCAAACGAUGAUAUGAACUCCUUGAACCGCAUAGCUGUUGCCGGGCUUGGAAUGCGCAAACCUCCUACCGAAGAGGCAAAUUACCUCGGCAACAACUUUCAGGCACAGGCAAGGCGCGUCCGUCCUGAUGAAGGACAAACCGAAGCUUCCGAACUGCCCAAGCAGGAACAAACACAUGGGCUCCCGCUCAUAUCAUAG